ACCAGUCCUCGCCAAGACUAGCACCGAGCUUACCCUAUCCCCGACGAACCGAAGCGUCGGUCCGAGCAAGCUUGCAGAAGUCACCACACUCCAUCCCCUCCAACUUCACAGGGACCUAGGCCCCUCCGCCUACUGCUGAGCCCCAAUCUCCACACACACUGCAACACGCCCUAAACCCACGCAACCAGGAUCACCGCCUUGAUUGCUCACACCACAGUCGCUUCUCCUCUCUUUCAAAUCUCUAGAGCUUUUCGAUCAGUCAAGAUGAGCUCCCCCAAGCGCAGGAUCGAGACGGACAUGAUGAAGCUCCUCAUGUCGGAUCACGAGGUAACACUAGUCAACGACAGCAUGCAGGAGUUCUUUGUCCGCUUCAAGGGCCCGGAAGAGACUCCCUUUCAGGGCGGCGUGUGGAAGAUCCACGUUGAGCUGCAAGAUUCGUACCCUUACAAGUCACCCUCGAUCGGCUUCAUGAACAAGAUCUUCCAUCCAAACAUCGACGAGCUCUCCGGUAGCGUGUGCCUCGACGUCAUCAACCAGACGUGGUCGCCCAUGUUUGACAUGAUCAACAUCUUUGAAGUCUUCUUGCCCCAGCUCCUUCGCUACCCAAACCCGACGGACCCGCUCAAUGGCGAGGCGGCCGCGCUGCUGAUGCGUGAGCCAAAGACGUACGAGGCCAAAGUCAAGGAGUAUGUGCAGAGGUACGCCACCAAGGCCGCUGCAGACGACGCAGGCGAAGAGGAAAAGGAGAGCGAUGAGGAAGAGGAAGAGGAAAUGAGCGAUGUGGGCAGCUUUAGCGAAGACGAAGCAGGCGACAUGGAGCUUUAGAGGUAGCUUCUCGGGCCAAGUACGUCGUCUCUACAUUCUGCAUCAAGCAAGCAUCACCCCCAUUCCUCUCCCCCACAUCCUUGCCCCUUAAGCUAUUGUAUAACAUUCCUUCUUUACUUUCUUUUCUUCUUUCCUUGAGGUCCACCAACCCCUCUUUCACCCCUCUGUGCUCGACAAGACUUCCAC